GCCGCAGCAAAAAAAUAAUCGGUGACAGUUCAUAACCCACGUGUUUCGUCGAGUUUUGGAGUAUUUCUUGUUUUAUUUUAAUAUCUAUAAUCGCAACUUAUUAGGGACAAAUACCAAUAUGUCUAAGGAAAUUGAGGAGCAAAUGGAUGGGAGUUCCUCUGAAAGUGAUGAGGAAAUGGAAGAGGGAAGCAACGAUGGUGAUGAUCAGCCAAAGACUUAUCUUCCCGGGCAACCUUUGAAAGAAGAUGAGCAGCUGGUGUGUGACCAGUCGGCUUACGUGAUGUUGCAUCAGGCGCAGACUGGGGCGCCCUGUCUUAGUUUCGAUAUCGUCACGGACAAUCUAGGAAGCGAUAGAAAUCAGUUUCCAAUGACUACAUACUUGGUUGCCGGCACGCAAGCUUCAAGUGCUCAUUUAAACAAUGUCUUAGUUAUAAAAAUGUCAAACUUACAUCCAACAUCUAAACCUGAAGAUCAAAAUGAGGAUGAAGAAUCAGGUGAAUCCAGUGAUGAGGAAGAGGAUGAGGAGAAGAAGCCACAGAUGACUUUUGCAUUUAUCAAACACCAAGGCUGUGUCAAUAGAAUAAGGACUACAAACUUCAAAAACUCAGUAAUAGCAGCCAGCUGGUCAGAACUUGGUAGAGUGGAUGUCUGGAACAUAACACAGCAGUUGCAAGCAGUUGACGACCCUGCACUCCUAGAGCGGUACAACGUAGAUGUAGUGAACAAUCCUGUCAAACCACUGUAUUCCUUUAGUGGCCACCAACAAGAAGGAUUUGGUAUUGACUGGUGUCCUACAGAGCCUGGAGUGCUAGCUACAGGCGAUUGCAGAAGAGACAUCCACAUAUGGAAACCAAACGAGGCAGGCACAUGGGAUGUUGACCAGAGACCUCUAGUCGGGCACACUAGCUCAGUAGAAGACAUACAGUGGUCACCUAAUGAAAGGAAUGUAUUGGCGUCAUGUUCGGUGGACAAGACAAUAAGGAUAUGGGACACAAGAGCAGCUCCAAGCAAAGCCUGCAUGUUGACAGUAGAGAAUGCUCAUGAAAGUGAUAUCAAUGUCAUCUCAUGGAAUAAUAAAGAACCGUUCAUAGCUAGUGGAGGUGACGACGGCUUCCUCCACGUAUGGGACUUACGUCAGUUCGCAAGCGGCACGCCCGUAGGCACGUUCAAGCACCACACGGCGCCCGUGACGUCAGUCCAGUGGCACUGGACCGAGCCCAGCGUGCUGGCUUCCGCUGGCGAGGACCACCAGGUCGCGCUCUGGGAUCUGGCUGUCGAACGCGACGACGAUGAAGUACUUGAUGAUGAGUUGAAAAAUCUACCACCCCAGCUACUGUUUAUCCAUCAGGGACAAAAUGAUAUCAAGGAACUACAUUGGCACAAACAAAUACCUGGUGUUAUAGUAACAACUGCCCACACAGGAUUUAAUAUAUUCAAAACUAUAAGUGUAUAAAAUAAAAUGUAGGAAAAAUAUA